AUGGAGGUCCGCUUCACGCGAGGCAAAUCUGCGAUCCUCGAGCGCUCGCUCACGCGUCCUAAAACGGAGGUGAGCGUUAGCGCGUUCGCGUUGCUCUUCUCCGAGAUGGUCCAAUACUGUCAGAGCCGCGUGUACUCGGUGUCUGAGCUCCAGGCCCGGCUGGCUGACAUGGGUCAAGGUGUUGGAGCCAGUCUUCUGGAUGUGCUUGUGAUGAGGGAGAAAAAUGGGAAAAGGGAAACCAAAGUAUUAAACAUACUUCUCUUUAUUAAGGUAAAUGUGUGGAAAUCUUUGUUUGGAAAGGAGGCAGACAAACUGGAACAAGCCAACGAUGAUGACAAAACAUACUACAUCAUUGAAAAGGAGCCUUUGAUCAAUGCCUACAUAUCAGUACCUAAAGAGAAUAGCACUUUAAACUGUGCAGCCUUCACUGGUGGCAUUGUGGAGGCUAUCUUAACCCACAGUGGCUUCCCAGCCAAAGUCACUGUCCACUGGCAUAAGGGAACCACACUGAUGAUCAAGUUUGAUGAGGCGGUCAUUGCUCGAGAUAAAGCUCUUGAUGGCAGAUAGCAGAUUGCUUAGCACAGGUCAAGUCUCAAGUUUUACCCUUGAGUCUGGAGUCUCAGUAGGAUUUAAGUUGAAUUGAUUGUUUUUUCAUUCAUUUUUAUAGCUUUGCUAUCAAAUUCGCUGCAUUUAGCACACAUUUCAAAUAACUUAUAUUCUGUAUCUGUCUCUCUUGCUUGUUUAAUGAUGUUACAGAAUAUUGAUGAGGACAAGCCGCAUCAGCACAGUCACCUCACUAGUCCAAUCCAGUGAAAAACACAAUGUGUUUACUGAUACACUAAUGCAGUGAAGGGUUAUCAUACAGUUCUCUGUAUGAAGAUCAUAAUCUUUGGAUGUCUGUUUUGCAUAUGUGCUAAAAAUAUGAAUAAAUUGUAAUAAAUAAUCAAUGUAAUAAGAAUUGAAUAGAUUGUUAGGUUUGGAGUUAAGUAUAAAAUCUGCUGAACAGCAUGUUACUACACAGAUAUUGUGUGGAAAAAAAUGUCAAAUGCACCUUUAACUGUUUAGUUUCCCUAAAUUGUGCAGGCAAUGUACAUAUGGCAAAAUGAAAGAAUUAUAUCUGUAUGAAGUUUUAUUUACAGGAUAAAUUACAUUUGGACUUCUUGAUCAUUUUUGUAUUAUAGAGGAUUGAUCUAUGUAUGUGUAUAUGUUUCAUUUGUUCACAUGUUCUGUCAUUGUCCUACAAUAUAAUAAAGUCUUUGUAAAUUUCAA